AUGGCGUUCGACCAUUUCCUGACCACGAGGAACGUGUUUGCUUGGCUAUACAAUGUUCCUCUAGCAGGACGUUCGUUGGGUACAUCUCUCGUGGCUCUGAAAGAAAGGCUCGACGAAUAUCGACCUUGUUCUGACGGCAUACAAAACAAGAAAGAGCUCCUGGAAUUUGCCUCCUCUCAAAAGUACUUGGACUUUUUUGAAUGUGAGGACCACGCCAUGGCGGCUCUGCUUCUGGCAGAAAACUUGCGCUUGGAGGAUAUGUGGAUCGAUGCAUUCGUUCAUACUGUCGGAAUGAGUCACCGAGACAUUCACUCUUCGCUCGAGUACCACUCUCUCAGUCCCAUCACCAAAUCCUUGAUCCUCGAGUCGCGAAUUGAAAUGGAUGUCAGAAUUGCCCGGGCAAGCGUAUCUAUCGAGACUUUCUUCGGCGAUGAUCUGUCCGGCAAUUUUCUGGGAUUGUCUGAAGUGGCACGAGACCACUUUGACCGCUUCCGAUCGUUCUUGCACGCCUUCUAUAUCGAUCGAUAUGGCUUCUGGCCACCCGCGGGAUUCAGCUCCGAAGCUGCUCGCUACAAAAUUUAUGCUGUGCUAUACACCGAUUUUCGUAACCUUUAUCACCACCUCGUUGACCCUGAGUCCUCCUCUUCCGCUGAAGCUCAAGUCUCAAACGCAGGCGGUAUCUGCGUUCUCCAAAACAUUGAAUGCUUCGACAACAGACACGGCUUCAAAACACUACCCCGGCCAUUACCACAGCUUCCGCAAGAACCAACAGAUUCAUUGAAACCCCCGACAACUCUUAGCAGACGAAAGUCCUGGAAUCCCGUCACGCAGAAGAAAAUCGACAAGGAGAACAAACAGACACAAAGAAAACAAGCCUUGAUCGAUGCUUCGAAUCGAGAUCUAUUUCUGAUGGACUGUCAAUUAGUUCCAUGGGUCGACGGUCGCAAGACCCGUUUCUUGUUGGUUUACGCCAUCCUGCAGACCUUGAUCUCGAUUAUGGCAGUGCCGGAGCACGAUCCGGCACAGGCAUCACCCCAAGAGAUCGUACCUGACAUCGACUAUAUCCAUACAAAUCUAUCAACUACCAAUCUCGACUCGAGGGCCAAAGAACGUCGCCUCACAAUGCCAGCAAACCCUUUGAGCUCUCUUUCACGAUCAUCGUCCAUGCGUCGUGUAACUUCCCUCAAACGCCUGCUUAGUAGACGCUCUACAACGACAUCAGAAGAACCUCCAGUGCCUGCUUUGCACUGUGAAAUACUUGUCCAAGGGUAUGGCAAUGGCUUACACAGUCAAAGCACGACGACCUUGCCUACCAGGGGCAAGACGGAAAAGCGUAAAUCCUUAACACCAAGCAUGGUGCUCGAUGACGAUAUCUUCUCAAAACGAAGUCAACACAUGCCACACAGCAGUGAGUAUGGCAUUCCUUCUCUGUCACCCACCAGCAGUGCAUCUGUGUCACGAGAGACGUCCAAUGCGUCCUCCAUUAGUACGAAAACAAAGUCUACCGUGGACACUGACGACCUACCAAUACCUAGUGACGACAGAAAUACGAUUGGUCAACCUGGCAAGAUGCAACAGCUCGCCCUUGGACGAAAGUCAGACGAUGCCUACGUGUGGCUUUCACAAGUAUGA